GGCAACUCAAUUUACCACUUUACUGUUCAAUUUAUGAUAUUUUAACGGCCGCAAUAAUGACUACGUUCACGAAACUUAGCGAUCAGGAUACGCCGAGUAUUGCCAUCCACCCAUCCCGGCGUAUUUCCAAGAUCAAUCCCAACAUCUAUGCGGGGUUCACAGAGCACAUGGGCCGAUGCAUCUAUGGCGGCAUCUACGACCCAGGUAAUCCCUUGUCAGAUGAGAACGGCUUCAGGAAAGAUGUCCUUGAAGCUCUGAAGACCCUCGACAUUCCCGUUGUUCGCUACCCCGGCGGCAACUUUAUGGCAACGUAUCACUGGAUCGACGGUGUUGGUCCUAAAGACCAGCGUCCUGCACGGCCCGAGCUGGCUUGGCUAGGUACAGAGACGAACCAGUUCGGAACUGACGAGUUCCUCAAGUGGUGUGAAGUUCUUGGAACGGAGCCAUACUUUUGCCUGAACUUCGGAACAGGUACUCUUGAUGAGGCACUGGCAUGGGUUGAGUAUUGCAAUGGUACCGGAAACACGUACUAUGCAAACCUCCGCCGGAAGAAUGGUCGCCAAGAGCCUUACAACGUUAAAUACUGGGCUCUCGGAAACGAGACCUGGGGACCGUGGCAAGUAGAGCAGAUGACCAAGGAGGCAUACUCUCACAAGGCCUAUCAAUGGGCGAAGGCUCUUAAGCUUCUCGAUCCUAGCUUAGUUCUGAUCCUCUGUGGACAGGAUGGUACAGCAUCAUGGGACUACUAUACCUUGAAGCAUUGUUUGCUUCCCGUCAAUUCACCCCUCUCUACCAGUGCUGUCCCCCUCAUUGACAUGCACAGCAUUCAUCUGUACACCUGCUCAUCAUCUCAUCUGCCCAAUGCCACCGCCCCUCUAGCUGCUGAGCGUGCUAUUGAGAUCACAUCCUCCUUGAUCGAUCUCGCCAGGAUCGAGAACGGUGUUCCUCCAGAGCAAACCCGCCCAACCAUCUGCUUUGAUGAGUGGAACGUUUGGGACCCCAUCCGUGCCGAAGGCAGCAAGGGUGCAGAGGAAUGCUACACGCUUUCUGAUGCGCUGGCUGUGGCUGUCUGGCUCAAUGUCUUCGUCCGUAAGAGCAAGGACCUGGGCAUGGCAUGCAUUGCGCAGACCGUCAAUGUUAUCUCCCCGCUCAUGACAACCAAGGAGGGUAUCACCAAGCAGACCACCUGGUGGCCUCUGUACCUGUUCUCUAAGUACAUGCGGGGCUGGACAAUCAGCGCGCAUCUCGCCAGCGCAACCUACGAGGGCGAAACCUCUCCCAAGUGGAUUCGUGGUGUCAAGGAGACCCCCUGGCUGGACGUCAGUGCUGUCCUGGGGGAGGAUGGCUACGUCAACGUUGCUGUUGUCAACAUUCACGAGGAGAAGGCUAUUGAAACAAGGAUCGACGGUGCCUCGGGAGAAGUUACUGUGUUCACUGUCACUGGUGACAAUGUCGCAGCAACCAACAUGAAGGGCAAGGAAGAAGUUGCCGUGGUUGAGAGCACCUGGGACGGACAGGGCCCCUACGCAUUCCCUAAGCACUCUCUUACCCUUCUGAGAUGGAAGGCUUAAGUGUCUCUGGUAGACACCAGCUGUGUUUCCAUCAUAAUAGAAAUAGACUAGAUGAAUUCAUUACAUUUGUACCAUCUCCAUAUCAAUAUCCGUCAUACAUAGCUGCGGCUCAUCGCAGAUGAAUCUAUCCAUGCACAGUUUUCGUCUAGCAUUCAUCAUCCACAGUCAUACUUAUACAUUAUCAUAGACAAUCAUAGCCUUAACCGAAGUUAACAUCAUGAACAGUUCCCUUGUCAUCCAAGUGUACAACAUACCGUUCAGGUUUAUAAUCCAUCGUCCUCAUGUCGCCAGGUUUAAGAAUCCGAUGAGACUCGGGUAAAUCCUUCUUCGCAAAUGAAGUAACAUCACUCGUUCCCUCCGUGAUCGUCUUUCCGGCCAGCUUGUUGAGCCAUUCGUUCUUAUCGCCAGAAUUAACCUCGGGGACGACUAGAGGCAUGGUGGAAUGGAAUUUUCUGGUAUGAUAUAGAGAUAGUGUGUGUUGAUUUGAUAGUUUUCCUAGUUCGGAGGGUAAUCGAGGAGCAAAACGCAUAGAAUGAUGGAUUAGG